AAGGAAGCAGAGAAAACGGCGCCUCACUCCCGCAGGGACCCGGAGGCUCUGGCAGCCCUCUUUCCCCAGCGACUGGCAGGAUUGGCUUCAUAAUUCAAUUAGAAGUUUGACUCAUUUUAAAAUCUGAGACUGAACCUCACUAUGGACAAGACAAUGUGCUUUUUAAUUGUGACUCAAUAUGUAUUUCAGAUAACCAACAACCUGAAGUGUGAUAAAGUGAAGAAUCCUUCUAGGGCUGUUUCUUUGGAAUGGUCAAAAUUUCCAGAAAAUCAAUAUCCAGAUUUUUAUAUUAUAACAUAUCACAUUCCAGAUGACUUUGCUCAAAAAAAUAUGAAAAGUGUUCCUACAAUUCAAGUAAAAGUACAGAAAGUUACAGUUCUGCUUGAAGAAGGGAAGAAAUAUGAUGUGAUGAUCCAAUCAGUAAAAAGUGGAAAAGUUCUAUAUGCAAAAUCAUUUAAAAUAUAUGGAAUUCCAGAAAGUAGUGUCAAAACUCGUGUGACAAGUACAAGUGUGUUGUUUAACUGGAAUAUGCUGGUUCAUGAUUUUUCGAUAGGAAUUUUCCAUAAAAACAUUUCUUAUAUAUUUAAAAAUAAAGAACGAGUUUAUGAAUGGACUGAUCUGAGACCUGCAACAUUGCACACAUUUUCUCUUCAAUUUAAGCAACUUGACUUAGAAUUUAUUAAUGUAUAUCAGAUACUGGAGUUUGAAAUUGAAACAGGUUUUUGUUCAGAUGGUUGGACAGCUUUCAAACAGAGUUGCUAUAAAGUCGAUACAGAUAGCAAACCUUGGAAUAUGGCGCAACAUCAGUGUGAAUUGUUUUCAACUGGGGCACAUCUUGUUGAUAUUAGAAAUAAAGAAGAAUAUACCUUUUUAACUUCUUAUCUUCAGUCAUUCAACCAGCUAAAUCUGGUUUGGACAGGACUUAAUGAUAUUAAGGAAGAAGGACGUCUCAUGUGGACUGAUGACUCCCUAUAUCUUGGAGAAUCUGAAUUUUCUUCUCUGUCACUGAUACCAGAAAAUGAAACUGAUUGUUAUGCUUUCCAGAGAAAUCCAUUUGUCCCAGAUUAUCUUUUCAUAGGAUUUUUCUGCUAUAUUUCUUUGCCAUAUAUUUGUGAAUAUGAAUUAUCUUCAGUUCAUGAAAACUUCACAUUUAAAAUACAAGAUGUCAGUACAAAUGAAGCAACCUUUUUGUGGAAUGAUUUGAAUGGUUGGCUGAAUUCAAAUUUUCAACUUAACAUUAAGUACUAUUCUGAACACUCAGAACAGAAUUCCAAAUUUUUUACUCUAAAUUCAACAUGCACAAAAAUUUUCAAUCUGGACCCAGGUCACUCUUACAAAUUUUUAUUGUCAGCUCAGAGCCCUAAAGGAGCACAAAUUAGUUUGCAUCCUGUUGUGACGAUAGAGACAAGACCACUACAUCUGCACAAUGUAAAGGCAACAAGAGUGACAUCAUCAGAGAUAUUUUUACAGUGGGAUUCUCCAGCAAGUUCAUUCAAUGCAAGUUUCCAUCAUUACCUAGUGAACAUUUUUGAUAGCAAAACAAUCAAGUGGAAAACGUUUUCAUUUGGAAAAACUAACACUUCUGCUGUAAUCAGAAGUGUCAAAUCAUAUAAUCAAUAUUGGACAUAUGUUCAAAGUGUUGCUGAAAAGGGAACUCACAGCUGCUAUGAGGAUCCUAUAGAAAUAAUAACAGGUGUGACACCACCUACUGGUCUCUUAAUCCAUCCAGAGGAUGUAGGAGAGGACCAUGUGAUUAUCUCUUGGAAACUCCCAGAAGAGGGCCAGGAAUCCUAUAUUCAAGUAAAACCAACUGCAUUCAAGGAUAAAAGCAUGAUGUUUUUAGUAAACAACACAGAGAAAUUUAAAAUUGAACCAUUAAUUCCUGGAAUGACUUAUGAUAUAGGAGUGGCUACAAUAAUAUCUGGAAAUAAGAGUGAUUUGACUACCAUUCAGUGUACUCUUAAACCCAAACCAGUACAGAUGGUUAUACCUUAUGAAAUCCAUAGUACUUUCUUGAUUUUAUUUGUUAAAGUACCAGCUUUGGGAAUAAUUGAUGGCAUUCACAUCAUAAGUAAAGAAGGAACAAAUGCAACAUUUACUUUAUUGAAUGAUGGAAAAGUAACUAUAGAAAAACUAACUCCAGGAACAGAAUAUUAUUUUUUUGUUUUUACAUUUAGCAGACAUAUGUUAAGUUCUGUACAUCACCUGCCAGCUGUAAAAACAUGUCUUGCAGUUCCGCUAAAUAUAUAUGAAGGCAGAAUCACCAAUAUUUCAAUACAGAUUAUUUGGGAUCAGGCAGAAGGAAACUUUCAGCAAUAUGAAGUCACAUGUACAAACUGCGCAGAUACUUAUAGGGUCCAAAAGGUGACACAAGAAGUGGCAGAAUUUUCCAACUUGAUUCCUGGCUUCUUAUAUAACUUUAUGGUUAAAACAGAAAAAGAAGGAUACAAGGACAGCCCUCCUGUAAGCAUACAAGUAGAAACAGAGCCCAGCUCAGUUAAAUAUAUGAAUUUGAGUAAAGAUUCUGGAUCAAUAACUGUUACCUGGCCACCAGCAUUUGGUAUAGUUGAUGGAUAUAUUACUACUUUGGUUGGCAAAAACUAUAGCAAGGAAGAAAGAUUAUCAUCAGAUAAAAGAAAAUUCACAUUUGAUGGCCUUUCCUCAGGAACAGAAUACUUUGUUCAAAUUGUGACUACUAACAGGUUAAAGAACAGUUUCCCUACUUUUCUGAGAGUUACAACUGACCCAGAUCCACCUUUAGCUUUACAAGCCUUGAGAAUAGAAGAGAAUACAGUUUACUUGUUUUGGAAACUGCCCAAUGGAGGUUUGGAUAAUUUUGAGCUUUCUUAUUGCUUGAUAACUGGCAACAAAACUCUUCAAACAACAAUAAUGUCUGAUAACAGGGCUGUAGUGAAAAACCUCAUGCCUGGAGUUGAAUACAUUUUUCAAAUAAAGACAAUAAGAGGACAAGCUGCCAGCAUCCCUGCAAAGAUAAAAAUUACUACAAAACCAAUGAAGAUAUGUGGUCUAACCUUAACACUGAGAAAUACAACCUCUGCUAAAUUAACAUGGAAUCCAAGUGAGACUGACUUCAGCCAUUACAAAGCAUCUGUAUCAAACAAGACUUUUACAAAGGAAUAUACUAUUUUAGGUCCUGAGACUGAUCACAUCAUUACAAAUCUGACUCCUGGUAGCAUUUAUAACUUUACUUUGCAAAGAGUAAAAGGCAGUGUUGAAAGUGCAGUUUCCUUUACAGAAUUUGUGACAGAGCCUGAAAAGCCGCAGAAACUGACAGUUUUCAAUGUGUCCUCACAUUCUUUUUCUUUGCACUGGAGGCUGCCCAAUGGCUGUGUAGAACAGUUUUAUGUGCAGCUUGCACCUCCUCAUGGCUUUGUUUCUCUCCAAGAUAUGGGAAGUGGGGAGUAUCAGGCUGAAAUUUUGAAUACCACUCCUGGGACAAUAUAUAAUGUGACUGUUUCUUCGGUUUCCUCUUCAGUGUAUAGUUUACCUGUCAGCAAAACAGUGACAACUAAUGUAACUAAUCCAGGACCUCCUGUUUUCCUUGCUGGGGAAAAAGUUGGAUCUGCAGGAAUACUCCUUUCAUGGAAUACACCACAUUUCCCAAAUGGGAGAAUUAUAUCCUACAUUGUUAAAUAUAAAGAAGUUUGUCCGUGGAUGCAAAAUAUUUACACCCAAGUUACAACAAAACCAGAUAGUUUGGAAGUUCUACUAACCAACCUUAACCCUGGAACAACUUAUGAAAUCCAGGUUGCUGCUGAAAAUAGUGCUGGCAUUGGAAUAUUUAGUGUGCCAUUUCUCUUUCAAACUGCAGAAAGUGCACCUGGUAAAGUGGUAAAUCUCACAGUUGAAGCUUUCAACCACUCAGCUGUAAAUCUGAUUUGGUUCUUGCCACAACAGCCAAAUGGGAAAAUAACUAGUUUCAAAAUUAGUGUAAAGCAUGCAAGAAGUGGAAUAAUAGUGAAGGAUGUCUCUGUUAAAGUGGAAGACCUUUUGUCUGGCAGAUUACCAGAAUGCACUGAUAACAGUGAAUCAUUUUUAUGGAGUACUACCACUCCUUCAACUACAUCUAGUAAAACCACUACGUUUACCUCAAGUACAGUCUCUCCCAAGGCAAUGAGUUCAGUCUGGAAUGAACCUGUCAGUUUUGUUGUGACUAAUCUUAGGCCAUACACAACAUACCUUUUUGAAGUUUCAGCAGUAACCACUGAAGCAGGUUAUAUUGACAGUGCAAUUGUCAGGACACCAGAAUCAGUUCCAGAAGAUCCUCCUCAGAAUCUUGCUACAGGAAAUGUUACAGGAAAAUCUUUCUCAAUUUCAUGGGAGCCACCAAACAUUGUUACUGGAAAGUUUACUUACAAAGUGGAAUUAUAUGGGCAAACUGUUCGUAUUUUGGAUAACAACACAAAAGAUCUCAAAUUUACAUUUAAUAAUCUGAUACCGUUUACAUUAUAUGAUGUGUUUGUUGCUGCUGAAACAAGUGCUGGAGUGGGCCCAAAGUCUAACAUAACAGUUUUCACACCUGCAGGAGUUCCAGGACCUGUAUUUGAUUUGCAUGUAGUAGAGGAAGCAGCAAGCUUUAUAAGAAUUGCUUGGAAAAAACCACAGCAACCAAAUGGAGUAAUCACUCAGUACCGAGUAAAAGUUUUCCAUGAGGAAACAGAGGAGAUCCUUGAAGAUACAAUUCUGACAGAAAAAAUCAAGCAUUUUACUGAAUCUGUGGAUCCAAAUAUGACAGAAGAAUAUGCGUUAUCUUCCUCACCGAAUAAAAUAAAAACAGUGACCAGUUUAUAUGAAGGUUCAGGUGAAAUGUUCCCAAGAGUACAUGAAUUUUCUCCAGUAAAAUAUACUAGUAUUCCUGUUGAUAAUUUCCUAACUGUAAAUGAGGAUGCAGGACUAUAUUUAAAUUCUGUUGAGCAGCUGUCAUAUCGUGUAAAUGCACUCCAGCCUUUCACUAAAUAUGCAAUUGCUGUGUCUGCUUUUACCAUCAUUGGAGAAGGACCACCGGCUAUUCUCAUUUCUAAGACAAGUGAACAAGUUCCAAGUUCUGUGGAAAAUAUAGAUUAUAAAAAUAUUAGUUCAUCUUCAAUUUUGCUCUUUUGGGAUAAACCAUUAAAUCCUAAUGGAAAAAUCACACAUUAUACAAUUUAUGCAAUGGAGGUGGAUACAAAUAAAGCAUUUCAACUGACUACAUCAGAAAAACACAUACUGAUUACAGACCUAAAAAAGUACACAGAUUAUAAAAUGAGGGUAACAGCUUCCACAACUGUUGGAGAAAGUGCACUUUCUGGAGACAAUGAUAUUUUUAUAAGAACACUUGAAGAUGAACCCAGUUCACCACCUCAGAAUGUUGAGGCAUUAGACGUGACUGCCUCAGAAGUCAAAUUACGGUGGUUACCACCUGAAAUACCUAAUGGGAUCAUAACUCAUUAUGAAAUCAUGUCUAAUAAUGGCAGUAUUUUAAUAACUAAAAAUGCUACAACAACACAUCUUACUUUAAAUGAGUUGAAACCAUACACUUUGUAUAACAUUUCUGUAAGAGCAUUCACUCGCCUUGGUCAUGGGAAUCAGUCAUCUGACCCAUUAUCUGUAAGAACAGCUGAAGCUGUACCUGACUUUCCACCCCAAAAUAUAACUUACAGGAACAUGUCUUCUUCAGUAAUAGAGUUAUCAUACUUUCCUCCAUCUGUCCCCAAUGGCAUUAUAAAGACAUACACCAUAUAUCUCAGAGAGAUGAAUGGAAGUGAAGUAAGAGUAAUCAACACAACACAUCUGUCACUAAUUAUUACAGGCUUAAAGAAAUAUACAAAAUAUCUGGCUGAAGUAUCUUCAAGCACUGUAAAAGGUCAAGGACCUCGGAGUGCGCCAUUGGAUAUAAUAACUGAUGAAGAUGCUCCUAGUUCCCCUCCAAGAUUGCUCACAGUAAAACAGUUAUCUGAUGCCAUUGUGGUAUUGUCAUGGCAACCACCACUUGAGCCAAAUGGAAUUAUCCUUUAUUAUACAGUUUAUAUUUGGGAUAUUAUGUCAAGAAAUAUCAAUGCAUCUGAACUAUCAUUAGAAUUAACAGAUUUAGAAUAUAACAAGAAAUACAGUGUUUAUGUAACAGCAAGUACCAGAUUUGGUGAUGGAAAUAUAAAAAGUGACACAACAAGUUUCAGAACCUCUGAAGGAGCUCCAGGUGACCCACCUAAAAACUUGUGGUAUAAAAAUCUCACUUCAUCAUCAGUAAGAGUAUUCUGGAAUCCUCCUCAAAAACCUAAUGGUGUCAUUCAGUUUUAUACAAUUUACUACAAAAAUGAUUCUGACACUUAUGUACAGAAUUUUACCACUUCCACAAUUGACAGCAGUGCUGAUAAUUCAACUUUAUCAAUAGUAUUGAACAAUUUAGCCAAAUGGAAGCACUACACACUUUGGUUAACUGCCAACACAGCUCUUGGGAAUGGAAACCAAAGCAGUGAAAUAAUGCAGCUAUAUACAGACCAAGACUUACCUGAUGGGCCUGUUACUCAGCUGUCCUAUCAGAACAUUUCUUCCACGGUAAUCAAUGUAAGCUGGAUCCCACCAAUGCAGCCCAAUGGACUCAUCUUCUAUAAUAUUUCACUAACAAUGAAGGAUACUCAAACAAAUGAUGAGAUUUUGUCGCUGCUUCUAUAUGAUACAAAUAUAAUUUUUAAUAAGUUGGAAAAAUAUGCAAACUAUCUUCUAAACAUUACUCCUGCAACAGAAAAAGGAUCAUCAGAAAUGUAUACUUUAAGUGUAUACAUCAGAACUGAAGAAGAUGUUCCAGACUCUGCGCCUAUUUUGAAAACUUACAGAAACCUUUCAUCUACCUCAGUGAUGUUAUCUUGGGAUCCUCCAUAUCGGCCAAAUGGCAUUAUAAGAGGCUAUGAUUUAAAGCUACAAGGCCCAGAAAAAAAUAUUUCUUUCACUACCUCUAAUAAUUCAAUUAUUUUAGAAGACCUUUUGCCAUUUACUCUAUACAGCUUUUUUGCAUCAGCUCAAACUGUAAAAGGGCCUGGUCCAUAUUCUGUUCUUAUGUUCUCUACAGAUGAGUCAGUCCCUUUGGCACCUCCAGAGAAUCUGACAGUUAUUAAUUACACAUACAACUCUGCAUGGCUGAAAUGGGACCCAAGUCCUAGGCCAAAUGGUGUCAUUAGAAGAUAUGUUUUGAAGAUUUCUGAAAACAGUAGUCAAGCUACUUUUUACCAGAACAUUUCAGGUUCACACAAUGAAGCUAAUAUAUUUGGACUAGAACCAUUCUCCGUGUAUUCCAUCAGUGUUUCUGCAUUUACAAAAGUUGGAAAUGGCAAUCAAUUUAGUAACCAUGUACAAUUCACAACAAUGGAAUCAGCACCAGGUAUUGUCCAGAAUACCCAGUGUAUUGCAACGAGUUGGCAGUCAAUCCUGCUCCAAUGGGACCCUCCUUUGAAAACAAAUGGAAUCAUUACAGAUUACAUCAUAACGUUUAGUGAGAACUCAACCAUCUCAUCAUCUCAUAAUGAAACUGUGUGUAUUUUGAGAAACUUGCUAUCCAAUACAACUUACCAGUUUAAAAUAAAAGCUGCAACAGCUGCUGGAGAAGGGAAAGAACAGUUAUGCAAUACCAGCACAUUUCCAGAAACAGCUCCAGAUGCUCCCCCAGCAAAUGUAACUGCAGUAGCUACAUCUCCUUACAGUAUUAAUAUUAGUUGGAAUGAGCCUACCAUAAUUACUGGACCAACAUUCUACCACAUUGAUAUUUCCUCAGUGGAUGCAGAUUACUAUCAAGCUUCAUUUGUCAAAACAAAUUAUGAGGAUAAAACCCUCAGUAUUUCAGGAUUGAGAGCAUUUACAAGGUAUUCCAUAGUAGUCACUGCUUUUGUAGAAGAUGUUCAGACUGCACAUACUGAAGGCAAGUCCAGUUCUUCCGUUAUUGUUUCCACUUUUGAAGCAGUGCCUAGGGACCCACUUAACAAUGUAACUUUUCAGAAGAUACCAGAUGAAGUAACAAAAUUUCAAGUGAUGUUCGUACCACCCUCUGAACUCAAUGGGAAUAUUCAAGAAUAUCAAGCAAUGGUAUAUAAAGAUGAUGACAUAGACAUCUUUCAAGUUUAUAAUUUAAGCAUUAUAGACAGAACAAACAAGUCAAUAACUGCCAUGAUAGAGGGAUUAAAAGGAGGCCACACAUAUAAUAUCAGUGUCUAUGCAAUCAAUAGUGCUGGUGCAGGACCAAAGAUUCAUCUUAAAAUAACAACAGAUAUUAAAGAACCACCAAGACCCAGUAAAAAGCCAGCGCCAGUUUAUGAUACUAGUGGAACAUUACUCGCCACAGCCACUACAAUUACUAUUCACAUGCCAGUUUGCUACUAUAAUGAUGAUCAUGGGCCUAUUAAGAAAAUACAAAUUCUUGUUGCAGAAGCAGGAGUUCAGAAUGAUGAAAAUAUCACCAAGUGGUAUGAUGCAUACUUUAAUAAAGCAAGACCUUAUUUGGUAAAUGAAGGCUUUCCAAAUCCUCCAUGUAUAAAAGGGAAUGAAGGAGUGAGCACCAAAGAGGAUAUUUAUGUAAUAGGGGCUGAUAGCACUUGUAUGAUACCAGGAAGUGAAGAAAAAAUUUGCAAUGGACCACUGAAACCCAAAAACCAAUAUGUAUUUAAGUUCCGAGCAACAAAUAUCAGAGGUCAAUAUACAGAUUCAGACUAUUCAGAGCCCAUCAAAACUUUAGGUGAUGGGCUCUCUGAAAGAGCUGUAGAAAUAAUACUUGCGGUUACUUUAUGUAUACUCUCUAUUGUUCUCCUUGUGGCUAUAAUUUAUGCAUUUGCAAGAAUUCGUCAAAAGCAAAAAGAAGGGGGUACAUAUUCUCCACGGGAUGCAGAAAUCAUUGAUACUAAAUUUAAACUGGACCAGUUGAUCACAGUGGCAGACCUGGAUAUGAAGGAUGAAAGAUUUACACGGUUGCUUAGUUAUAGAAAAUCCAUCAGGCCAAUAGGCAAGAAAUGUUUUCUGCAACAUGUUGAAGAUCUGUGCACAAAUAACAACAUCAAGUUUCAGGAAGAAUUUUUGGAACUCCCUAAGUUUCUUCCAGAUCUUGCAUUAACUGAUGCCGAUCUUCCUUGGAACAAAUCUAAAAAUCGUUUUCCAAACAUCAAACCAUAUAAUAAUAAUCGAGUGAAGUUAAUGCCUGAUGCUUGUGUACCAGGAUCUGAUUAUAUUAAUGCCAGCUAUGUAUCUGGCUAUUUAUGUCCAAAUGAAUUUAUUGCUACUCAAGGACCAUUACCAGGCACAGUGGGAGAUUUCUGGAGAAUGGUAUGGGAAACAAGAGCAAAAACUGUUGUUAUGCUAACUCAGUGUUAUGAAAAAGGGCGGAUAAGAUGCCAUCAAUAUUGGCCUGAAGAUAACAUUCCAGUUACCUUCUUUGGAGAUAUAGUGAUUACUAAAUUAGUGGAAGAUGUUCAAAUAGACUGGACCACCAGGGAUCUAAAAAUUGAAAAGCAUGGGGAUUGUAUGAUGGUACGUCAGUGUAAUUUUACUGCCUGGCCUGAACAUGGAGUACCUGAAACAAGUGCAUCAUUAGUCCACUUUGCAAAGCUGGUCCGAGGCAGCCGAUCACAUGACAACACACCCAUAAUUGUUCACUGCAGUGCUGGAGUUGGAAGAACAGGAGUUUAUAUUGCCCUUGACCAUUUAAUACAGCAUAUAAAUGACCAUGAUUUUGUGGAUGUGUAUGGACUUGUAGCUGAACUAAGAAGUGAAAGGAUGUGCAUGGUACAGAAUCUGGCACAGUACAUAUUUUUACAUCAGUGUGUUCUGGAUUUGCUGACAAUCAAGAACAACCAGCCUCUAUGUUUUGUUAACUAUUCAGUUUUGCAAAAGAUGGAUUCUUUGGAUGCAAUGGAAGGUGAUGUGGAACUAGAGUGGGAAGAAACUACUAUGUAAAUACACAGAUUAAAAUGCAUUCCAUUUCAGGAAACAUAGGCUUGUGUUCAUGUUGAUGUUGUUUCACAAUAGGGGCCAAAAUAUAUCCCCAUCAUACAAAUGAUUAUAAACAAAAAUAUUUUUGUAGCAAAAUAAAAUUAUAAAAGUUGUUUUCUAUUUCAUGUGCCUUCACAAAUAAUAUAAAUUAUUAAAUUAUAAUUUUAUACUGAGUAAAAUCUGAUUAGUAUAAUACAACUGUACACAAUAAGAACAAUCCAGCAAUAUACAUUACAGUAAAAUACACAUUGCAA